GUUGAGACAGAAGAAAUGAAGUCAGUGUCAGUGAUGGAGGGAGAUUCUGUCACCCUACAGACUGAUACUGAAAUAAAAAAAGAUGAUCUGAUUCUGUGGAGAUUCGGAGACGAAGACUCUCCCAUGGCUGAAGUCAACAGAUCAGCCCAGAUCAUCUCAGUGUCUGAAAGUACCAAAGGAUUCAAAGACAGAUUGCAUUUGGACCCCCAGACUGGAUCUCUCACUGUCAGGAACAUCAGAACCGACCACUCUGGAAUUUAUAAAACACAGAUCAUUGGAAAUAAGAUGAUAAGGAAAACAUUCAAUGUCACUGUUUAUGCUCGUCUUCCCAUUCCUGUCAUCACCAGUUACUGUCCUCAAAACCCUUCACCAUCAGGAUCAUCAGCAUCCAGAUGUGUGCUGCUGUGUUCAGUGGUGAAUGUGGGUCAUGUGACUCUCUCCUGGUACAAAGGAAACAGUUUAUUGUCCAGCAUCAGUGUGUCUGAUCUCAGCAUCAGUCUCUCUCUACCUCUGGAGGUGGAAUAUCAGGAUAAAAACAGCUACAGCUGUGUGCUCAACAAUCCCAUCAGCAACCAGACUCAACAUCUGGACAUCAGCAAACUCUGUCACACAUGUUCAGAAUGCGUCUGCUGUUGUAAUUCAACUGAAGCUGUGGUCCAAUUGGCUGUCUCUGCUCUGGUGGGCGUGGCUACUGUUGUUGUUCUGGUUUAUGACAUCAGAUCCAGAAGAGCUGAACAGAAAAGAAGAGCUCUGAAAUCAUUAUCAGACCAUAACUGACUUGCUAUAACAAGAAUAAAUCUAUCUUUAUGUUUUGAAUGCCCUGUAACACAA